AUGUCGAGUUACGGCAGCAUGUCACCGUCAGACGAAGGCUUCGAUAGAUACGAGCCACCUUUCUACUGCCAGCCUACACAUCAAGGUAGCCCUAUGGACGGCGGCGUGUACUGGGCUAACUCUAAUGGAGAAAGUCACGAGUAUGACACCCAGGAUGUUUACCAUGACACUAAUAAUUAUAUCGGCAGAGGAUAUGGUUACGAGGAUAUGCAGAUAGCAGGGAAUGAGCCCUACGAUACCUAUCAUCAUAAUGUGAUGCAUCACGGCUUUGCACCUAAUAACCCUGGUUUGGAAUGUGAAAUGCAAUCCCUUCCUCUCCGCUACGAACGACCGACUCCCUCUUCUUUCGUAAGAGUUGUCAAGAGAAGGACAACAGCGAAUAAGAAAGAGAGGAGACGAACGCAGAGCAUUAACACUGCAUUCACCGAUCUCAGAGAAUGUAUACCAAAUGUUCCGCCUGAUACGAAACUGUCUAAGAAGAAUGAAAAAAUACGAACUAUACCUAAGUUUGCGAUGGUGAAAAUCCCAAAAACAACAGAGAGUAUCUUUUUAGAAUAG